AUGUUUACUCCAGAAAUGAUGCAGGCCGCUCAAAACAUGAUGGCCAACAUGUCUCCUGAGCAGAUGGCCCAGAUGACCGAGAUGGCCAAGAACAUGGACCCGAAUAUGAUGCGGAAUAUGAUGGGAGGACAGGGCAUGCCCCCUGGAGGGGUCUCUAGAGAACAGAUGGAUCAGGCAGCGGAACAAAUGCGGAAUAUGUCACCAGAGGAGAUGCGGAAUGCCAUGGGACAGGCACAGGCUCAGCAGUCUAAUGCGAUGCAGUACUACGUUAAUGCCACGAACACUUUGAAGGCCGAGGGCAACGCGUUGGUCAAAGAGCAGAAGUACAGCGAGGCUUUAGAGAAAUACACUAGGGGUCUGGAUAACGUGAAAUCAUACAGCACCCCCACCGUCUUGGCCCUGCAGAAGGCCCUUUGCUCUAAUGCUGCCCUUUGCUGUUUGAAGCUGGAGAAGUACGACGAAUGCCGCGAGUACUGUGACCAAGUGUUGCAGCAGGACCCUAAGGCGGUGAAGGCUCUAUACAGGCGAGGGGUGGCCUAUCGAGAACUGAAGGAGACCGAUAAGGCUUACCUCGAUCUAUCGAUAGCGGCUCGGUUGUCACCGAAUGAUGAGGUGUUAGUCUCCGACUUCGAAGCCUUCAAGGAGAGUCUCCCCGACGACUAUGUAGUACCAACAGAGGAGGAGUCAGUCAUCAAUGAAGAAGCAGUAAAGUCGUCUUCCUCGACAUCGACGACCACUGCCUCGGCCUCUACCACUCCUUCGUCAUCUUCUAAUGCGUCUGCUGAUCUCCAGCGAGAAGUCUCUGCUAAGCUUGCCUCGGACCCAGAGAUGGUAAUGAAGAUGCAGAAAGUGAUGAAGGACAUGACGCCUGAGGAAAUGAACGAGCUGCGCAACGUGCAGCUUACUGGAAGCGCCCCUGCCAAUUCUGCGGCAGCCCGUAAGUUCGCGGAAAAGCUUCGUAGUGAGGACCCUGAGUUCGUGGAAAGGAUGAAGGACGUGGUGGGGUCCCUACCGCAGGAGCAGAUCGACCAGCUGAGGAAGACCGCGACCUCUGGCACUGCUCCUGCAACCACAGCAGCAUCUAGCAGCUCUACGGCUCCCCGAAUGCCUCCUACAGGGUCAGCGGGAUUGGCCGAGGCCACUCGAAUGAUGAAGGAGAAUCCUGACGUUAUGAAUCAAAUGAGCGAUAUGAUGGCUGGCAUGUCCGAUGAGCAGUUCGAUAGUAUGCUGAAGAUGUCGGGGAUGGGGGCCAGCAGUCAGGACGCUGCUGCCAUGAGGGAAAUGAUGCGGAAUAAGGAUAUGAUGAAGGCCAUGGGGGAUAUGAUGAAGAAUAUGUCACCUGAGCAGAUGAAUGCCAUGUCCCAGGCUUCUGCCCAAACGACAGCACCAGCGAGCGAUGCUGCAGGGGGUGAGGGCAGCACGGGGGAGGAGGUUCCUAAGAUGCCGGACCACCCUGGGGAUAUAUUUAAGGACCCCCGAAUGUUGAAGUCGAUGGAAGCUAUGAUUAGCUCGAUGCCUGAUGAUGUUCUGGAGAACCUCAUAGCCCAACAGGCUGCAGGUUCCCAGGCUGCGGGUCCGGACGGCAAGGCGGCACUACCGAGAUGGCUCAGUGGUCGGGUUAUAAAGUUUUUCCUCAGGAUUAUCAUGAAGUUUGCGCGUUUGGUCAUAUUCAUUCGAAACCUUUUUGCGGCCAUGUUCUCGAGGAGAGGCAAAUACAUAAUCGCCUUGUUGGUGUUGAUCUUUGCUAUCUACCAACAGUACUUCACUGCUGUAGAGGAUGCCUCCGAGUGA